AGACAGAGACCAGCGAGGCCUCCUCCACAUCCCCGCCCCCAAUGCAAUGCUGACCGAAAACUAGCAUGAACAUUUAGCUGGAGAAGUUAGCGCACACUAAGCUAGCUGGCUACAGCCCCACUCUUCUCAAACUAACUACAGCCUACAGCACUUACUUAGCGAUCCGAAAAAGAGGUUAGAAAUUUUCUUUCAAGAUGUCAAAAAGUGAGACUGAGGAGAUGAUUGAGAUCGAAAUUGAUGGACAUGAGAAACAAGAAUGCUUAGAAGAAGGGAUAGAGGAGCACAUCAUUACAUCAGCUGAACUAAUCACACAGGACAUUGAUAUAAAUGAGCCUGUGGGCAACUUAAAGAAGUUAUUGGAACCCCGUAUACAAAUUCCGCUGGAUGGAUAUGAUAUUUGUCUGCAAGAUAUUCAGUUGCACCCUGACCACAGCCUUUUUGACCAAGGUGUGAAGACAGAUGGUACAGUUCAGCUGAGUGUGCAGAUUGUCACCAGACCAGGUGAAGAAAAAUUGAAUAUCCUGGAAAUAGUGAAGCCAGUAGAGACAGUCGAGGUGGUGAUUGACCCGGAUGCAGCUGCAGGAGAGGAAGCACACCUGGUGGAGGAUGGGCAGGUGAUAGCAGUAGAACGUGCAACAAUUGCAGAUGAAACCUCAGAACAGGUGACUCGAUGGGCAGCUGCACUAGAGGGAUACCGGAAGGAGCAGGUCCGAUUGAGCAUCCCUUAUGACCCGGUGCAGUGGACGGCUGAUCAGGUGAUCCACUGGGCAGUAUGGGUGAUGAAGGAGUUCAACAUUGAGGAGAUGGAGGUAGGCGGCAUCCACAUUCCAGGUCGCCAGCUGUGUGCCUUCAGCCAGGAGGAAUUCCUCCAGAGAGUGCCCAAUGGAGAGAUCCUGUGGAGCCAUCUGGAGCUGUUGCGCAAGUAUGUUCUGGCGAGUCAGGAACAGGGACAGGAAGCCACAGUCACAAUUGACCAAACUGUGCAGAUUAUCCCUGCCCCUGUGCAGCAGGCCACAACCACAGCCAUAAAGGUGCAGAAGCAUAACAAAAUGCCCAGAGCUCCUCGUAUCUCAGGAGAAGAGCGCAGUUCCCCGGGCAACCGCACAGGAAAUAAUGGACAAAUCCAGCUGUGGCAGUUCCUGCUGGAGCUGCUGACAGAUAAGGAUGCGAGGGAGUGCAUCUCCUGGGUGGGAGAGGAAGGGGAAUUCAAACUCAACCAGCCUGAGCUGGUGGCUCAGAAAUGGGGGCAGCGCAAGAACAAGCCCACCAUGAACUACGAGAAGCUCAGCAGAGCCCUCAGAUACUACUAUGAUGGCGACAUGAUCAGCAAAGUGCAGGGCAAGCGCUUCGUCUACAAAUUUGUUUGUGACCUGAGGACUCUGAUCGGCUACAGCGCCGCUGAACUGAACAACCUGGUGACGGAGUGCGAGCAGAAGAAACUAGCGCGGGUUCAGCUUCAUGGGAUAGGCCAGUCCGUCAACACAGUCACCCUGGCGACAGCUGCCGGGCAACCAGUCACCACAGUCACCCUGGCCGCUGCGGCACUGGAGAAGGACAGCUGAGUGGGAGAGGCUGGGUAAAAAGGGGGCAUACGAAAAAGGGGAGGGGCAAAGAAAGGGACUUUGGGCAUGGCAAAUGGGCUUAUGAGCAGGUGUGUGUGUGUGUGUUUGUUUGUGUGUUUUAAGAGCGUGUGACUGUAAGUAUGUAUGUAUGUAUGUAUGUUUGCGUGUGUGUGUAUAUACAUGAAUGAGUGGAUGUUGAGGGACAGUAUAGCAGGUCCUGUGAGAGGGAGAUGAAUGAAACUAUCAAUGGCCGUGUAUGGGCUUUGAGUUUUUGUACGCUUCUUCUCUGACUGCAGGGUAGCUUUGGCUGCAUUUCCAUUGUAUAUAUAUUCUAUGUUUUUGAUAGCCAUGAGGGCAGUGUAUUUUGAUAUUUUCCAUUUGUAAAGGAUCCGUACUUUCUUUCUUUUUUAUUUUGAGGUUCCAAUUUCCCUCAAGGUGAGGUACUUUUAACUGUCCACCAGGGGGCAAUAAAGAGAAAAGUUGAUUUUUUGAAA